AUGUCAGACCAACCUAUUCCCGAAGCUGUGUUUGAAAUACAAAGUACCGAUGUAUGUGAAAGAAGUUGGGUUGAUUAUUUGGAUGGAUUAAGCCAAGGUAAGAAAAAAACCAUGGUACCCUUUUUCAGUUGUACAUGUUAAUGACUUUAAGUUUUUUUUUUCUUCUUUUCAAACCUCUUCAAGGCCCUUCCUACAUUCCGUUAUACGUAUAUGGGUCAUGUAGCAGCUGCUCGGAAGAGAAGUCACUAAUGGUGUGUUUUCCUAACCCUAAACAAUACUUGGGUCACGUACAUUGCCUAAUUCCAAGGACUAAACAUUUUUGCCACGCAGUCUAUAUUUAUCGGAUGGUCACGUGAUGACUUUUGUAGGUCUUGAUCACGUCGCUGAACUGAACUGACUGCAAGGGCCUGGGGAGAGCCGUACAGGAGCGAGGCAACAUAUCAUAGAUAGUAGGAGAUAGUAUAUUUUGCACCAUAGUAGGAGAAGAUGUCAGAAUAUCGAAAGGACUUAUGAAAUAAUUUUGUACGUUUUCUUGUAACAGCUUUAGGACGAGAAAGACACUCAGCUGAUGUUUGUGGAAACAAACCUGUUUUGCUGGAUAAAUGCUUACUUGAAGACAGAGGAAGAAUCCAUCUGACAUCGGUGAAGUACAUGGAAUGCAACUGCUCCUGUAUGGAUUGUAGUGACGAAGGAACAGUGCGUUGUCCCUGGUCGAAAGUAUAUAAAAUAAUUAAAAAUGAAUGCCAUAGAAGCGAAGUAUGUAGAGUGCGAAUUAACAACAACUGUGAAAAUGCAAUCUUGAGAUCCUUGAAAAUUGAAUAUCGAUGUGUGUAGAUUUCCGCCUCAUUAAGGCCUUUGCCGGUUCAUAAGCUGAUAAAUUAUUUGGUAACAUGUAGUGAUGUAGUCACAAAGUGUAAGUUAAAUAUCAACCUAGAUUUAAAAUAAUAGGCGGUCGAAAUUCUUCACUCCAGAAACUAUAAGGAGGAUCGUUACACACCUUCGGCCGGGGGGCUCAACGACAUCUGGGAUCGUCUGGGUGGACAAGCGUUACUUAUGACUGGGUACAGCUGUUUCUGAUAACGCGAGACCUGUGUUGUCAAAAACGUUUCAGUAUGUUGUUGUUGUUGUUUUUUUUUGUUUUUUUUUUUUGGGGGGGGGGGGCGCUCAUGAUAGUCUCUGGAGUGGAGAAUUAUUAAACUUCCAAACUAGGUUCCGAGGGAGUAAAACCAAAGAAAUGAAUUAUUAAUCCCUGAAUCUCAAUGUGAUUUCUUUUUUUGCACCCCUUAGCUUCGGAACCAGGUCUGAAUUUUUUUUUAUAUUUCGAAGAUCGCCUAUAACCUUUACUGUAUUUUUGGGAAAACGACACUUUUUUAAAAAAAGGGGGAAUUGGGAAAAUUUAAAGCACUAUAGAGGGACUGCAAUCGCAGUAAAGUCCUAUUUCGAACAAGAAAAUGUCAGUGAUAGUAGAAUUCGCUUUAAAUCACGGAUAAACCUUUUGAUUAUCUAUAAGUUGUAUCGCUAUAAUAAUAAUAAUGAUAAUAAUAAUAAUAAUAAAAUAAUCUUUAUAGAGGAAACCUCCCAUCACAUAAAGUGAUUUUUAGGGAGGUCCUCUGACUAAGAUUAAAUAAUAUUAAGACUACUAAUAACAAUCAAAUCUAAAAAACUAGUGGUUAUAAAGUUAAAAGGCUAAUAAGGCUAGAUGACUAAAAAAGGCAAAAAAAGUAAUAAAAAUAGAAUCGGACUACAAGAUUUAACUAUCGAAAAAACAAAGGCUAACGACUAAAAGGAGAAAAUAAUUUAGAUGAGCUGGAUAGCUUAAGCCUGAUUUUAGGGAAAAUAAAAUCUUGAAUAUAAUAAAAGCCGAAUGAAGUUUUAUUUAGUUUGCUUCUUGAGGAUUCUUUCCAGGUCAAGUGCGUGCUUGUUUGGACGCCGUAUUGAGUUCCGCUGGAACGAAAGGGUCCUUAUUAUUGGUCCAUAUGGGACCAAAAAUCCGUGUAUGUAAAAACCGUGUUAUUGACGUACCAAGAGCUCUGAGGUCAACAUGACGAGAUGUUUACUGAUAUUUUGUAUUUUUAUGGAACACAAAAAAAGAAAUUAAAGAGGCAAAUGUCGAGCUAUGUUGACACAAAACGCUAAGGCAGCUCAAUGAGCGAUUUAUCAUAUGUCCAAAAGUAUUUUUAUUUCUUGCAACUUAAGAAGGGAAUCCCGCGCGGCGAAGAGAGGCUAAUCUUUCCUGCUUGGGUGGCCAAUCUGAACACACACAUUGCUUCAUCCGAUCUCCUCUUCAAAUCCAGACAAAUGACAAACUUACUUUUUAAAUCAGUCUGCUGGUUGAAUGAGCAAGGCAUCAACACCUAUUAACUUUUGCAGGUGUUGAAAGAUGUUUGAAGCACCAAUCAUAGGUCAGUCACCUGUCGUUGACACUUGACUAAAGUGAUCUUUUCCACUUCCUAUGAAAUUUCCAUGUGGAAAUCACCACCUUCAAAAGAAAAACAUCGCAGGAUGAGGACAUGUCUUGAAAUUCUUUCACUCUAAUGAAAGAAUGAAACGCAUGUUACGCCGAUGACUUGUGAACGUCAAAUCUAAGAAUUUGAAUACAAAUCUAAUUGUAGGUACAUUUCGAUCUUCUUAAUGAUAUUCAUGGUGUUUACGAUUUCUAGAACGACUGUUUUUGGAUUUCUUGGUGAAGUUCUUACUAAGGAAGUAAACAGCGGUUCGCAUUACAUUUUUCCCUCAAUAGGGGCAAAUCGUGAACCACUCGAAGCAAUAAUCUUUUGAAAACUUGGACCGCAGCUUUCGAUACGAAACCAGUGCGAACAUGAGGCUCGCUGCGUCCCUGCAGACAGGUACUGUCGUAAUAAGAGUUUUUAACAUUACACGCUCUUGUUUGGAAUUGAUUUGCUUCUUGUUUUUGUUCACCUGUAAAAAUACAGAGGAUCUACAAUGUAGAUAUUGGUUUGAUUUGAAGGUGCUCGUUUAAAUGUUACAACAAACUUAUGUGCAUACUGAGAUUCUGCGAUUAUACAACUACUUAUUACUGCAGUUUAUCGCGUUAACUUGUUCUUGAACGCUUUUCAUGUCAGUGUCAAUUUACAAUCGUCCGCCAGUUUAGAAACUGUUCAAUCCCAUUCGCUACUCUAGAAACUCAAACAAGACUAGACCGAGUUAACUUUCGCAAGGACGUCUGGAACUGUUGCUAGGGAUAGCGAAAAAAUUGGCAAACAGUUAAUCAGCGCACCCUCAGUAACAAUACAAGAAACAAUUGCGGGACACAUUUCAGCUCCAAAUUACUUUUUUACUUCUUUCCCUUAUAUCCAGAUUGAUUCCAGAAGAAUAAAUUUGGAUUUUAUUAAGUUUAACUCCUGAUCUUUUAAACACCUUACUUUCAACACUUUAUAUUCAUUGAUUAUUUGUUUUGUUUUGUUUGUUUGUUUGUUUCUUGAAGAGGUGUAUAUUUAGGAACGAUCAUAGGAAGGGUUGGAGACGACGAGACAGGUGGUAAUAGAGCAUGAAAGCUCCAUGAAAGGCUUCUUAAUAUUUGUGCUGCUGGAAGUUUUUGAACUUUUAUACGCACAGAAAGGUACAUCAUUUCGCCUCUUUACAAACGAGAAAGAAACUGGGCCCGAGUUAGCUUUCGAAAAGACUGCUGGGAUUGUGGGGACUUCUGGGAUUCUGGGAUACUGA